AAACAAAGGAAAGGAAUUGCAAGAAAAAUUGGCAUAAAGAAAAGAAACAACGCCUAAAACGGUGCGUUAGAGCGAAGUGCUCGUCGUCGUCGUUCGUCGUGGAUCUGAAUUCUGAAUUGUGAAGUGUGAACCCCUGUGCUUUCUCUGCUCGUUGAUUGGCUUCCACCGGUGUUGAACUGGCUCAUCGAUUCAUCUUCAUCGAGUGAUUCAAGUUCCACACACAAGAUGAUGCUCACAUCCUCGGUGCGUGACUACAUCAACCGCAUCUUGCAGGACAUCUCUGGCAUGAAGGUUCUCAUCCUUGAUUCUCAAACGGUAAGUAUUGUGAGUGUUGUGUAUUCACAGUCAGAGCUUCUUCAGAAAGAAGUGUUUUUGGUAGAGUUGAUAGAUUCCAUUUCCAAGUCAAAUGAAUCAAUGUCGCAUCUCAAGGCCAUUUACUUCCUUCGACCUACAUCAGAGAAUAUCCAGUUUUUGCGCCGCCAGCUUUCUAGUCCCAGAUUUGGAGAGUAUCACUUAUUUUUCUCCAACAUAUUGAAGGACACUCAGAUUCAUUUACUUGCUGAUUCAGAUGAACAGGAAAUUGUCCAGCAAGUUCAGGAGUUCUAUGCAGAUUUUGUUGCAAUUGAUCCUUAUCAUUUCACUUUGCAUGUGCCUACAAGUUAUAUAUAUAUGCUCCCAGCUAUGGUAGAUCCUUCAGCAUUGCAGCGGUUCUGUGACCGGGUUGUUGAUGGUCUUGCAGCUGUUUUUUUGGCAUUAAAAAGAAGACCAGUUAUUAGAUAUCAAAGGACAUCUGAUAUUGCAAAAAGGAUAGCACAAGAAGCAUCUAAACUGAUGUACCAAGAGGAAAGUGGUCUUUUUGAUUUUAGGCGAAUGGAAGUUUCUCCAUUGUUGUUGGUGAUUGACAGGAGGGAUGAUCCUGUAACCCCAUUGCUAAACCAAUGGACCUAUCAGGCUAUGGUUCAUGAAUUGAUAGGAAUCCAAGACAACAAAGUGGACUUGAAAGCCAUUGGUAAAUUUCCGAAGGAUCAGGAGGAGGUUGUGUUGUCAUCUGAGCAAGAUUCCUUUUUCAAAGCUAACAUGUAUGAGAAUUUUGGAGAUAUAGGUAUGAAUAUCAAGCGGAUGGUUGAUGAAUUUCAGCAAGUGGCAAAGAGUAACCAGAACAUCCAAACAAUUGAGGACAUGGCCAAAUUUGUUGAUAAUUACCCUGAGUACAGAAAAAUGCAUGGAAAUGUGACAAAACAUGUGACUUUAGUAACUGAAAUGAGCAAGAUAGUUGGAGAGCGAAAACUUAUGUUAGUUUCACAAACAGAACAGGAAUUGGCUUGCAAUGGAGGGCAAGGGGCUGCUUUUGAGGCAGUGACAAAUCUACUAAACAAUGAAAGCAUAUCAGAUGUGGACCAACUACGUUUGGUCAUGCUGUAUGCUUUACGAUAUGAGAAAGAUAGCCCAGUUCAAUUAAUGCAGCUCUUCAACAAACUGGCUUCCAGAUCUGCCAAGUACAAACCUGGGCUUGUCCAGUUUCUUUUGAAGCAAGCAGGUGUUGACAAGAGAACUGGUGAUCUUUUUGGAAAUCGAGAUCUAAUGAAUAUUGCCCGUAACAUGGCUCGUGGUUUGAAGGGUGUUGAGAAUGUUUACACCCAACACCAGCCACUUCUGUUCCAAGUCAUGGAAAGCAUUGUCAAAGGGCGGUUGAGAGAUGUGGACUACCCAUUUGUUGGAAAUCACUUUCAACAGGGAAGGCCACAGGAAGUGAUCAUCUUCAUUGUUGGUGGGACAACUUAUGAGGAGUCACGGUCUGUUGCUUUACAAAAUGCCAGCAAUACUGGCAUUCGUUUUAUACUCGGCGGCUCUUCUGUUCUUAAUUCUAAAAGGUUUUUAAGGGACUUAGAAGAAGCCCAAAGGGUAGCUCGUUCUAGCACCACCGUUGUUUGAAGUUCAUCCUGACACAUUUUGCAUCUUGAGGGCUAUAUAUAGUUUUAACAGCUUCAGGCUGGGGAUUUCUGCUUUGAACCCAUGUAUAUGUAUUAAAAAAUGUGGCAGAAGGAGCUUGAUGUGCCGUAUUAGACUCAAUCCAUUGUUGUCUCAGAAGACGAUCAUCAACCAUUUGACAGGUUUGGUACUAGUUGGCUCCUUGCCCAUGAAUGCGAUUUGAGAUCAAAGUAUGAGAGCUUCAGAGACAAACCACCAGCCCCUCUCUUUUGUUCGUAGGGGAAAAAGUAGACACUGAUCAUAUAGGUAAAAUGAAAAAACCUUUUUGUGUACUUUUUCAUCAUCAUUUUCGCUGAUGAACUCUAAUGAUUUUAUUGACACUUACUGAUGAAAGGAACAGUUUUGUAUAAUCAUGUAAUGGAUGUCCCAUUCUUUUGUAUACCAGCAUCUCUCUUCCAUUUGUAGAUUUUUAUGGCUCCAUAAUAAGUUCAGGUUGUGAGACGAGUUGUGAUUAAUAUCAUUUUAUUAUACAAUCCACUUGUUGAUGCCAUUUUGUCUCUGUGGAGAAUGUCAUGCAAAGAUCAGUGUACGUCUGCUAUCGUCUUGUUACGCAGCUGAAUUCAUUUUC